CGCUUUUUCCUGAAACCUGGGUUUGCGUGACGAUUGSUUUGAAAGAUUACAUACUUCUMUCAAAUACCGAAGUACCGCCGAAAUUCCUGAUUCAUACAGCACCAACGGCUCUUGACGAUACUAUUUCCAACAUUUAUCAAAUACUUCAAGCUUACUGGUGAUUAUUGAACAUUUAUUGUUUGCGGUAUAYGUGGGGAAAGCAACGUCGAAACCACAAUCAAAUAGCWGGUGUUUGCGACGGAAUCAACAAAUAUCAGACAUGACRAUGAGUAGCGACACCAUUGUUGUCACUUCCGUGUCCUGUUCUCUGCAAGAUAAUAAUACCAYGCUGCAAGAAUUAGAGUCAGCGGUGGUARGCACAGAAGUUGAUUCUGUAUCAGCCUUCGAAGUCGAGUUAUACUACCCUAGUGRGACGGACACGAGCACAACUAUUGUUCUUGCAGACGCUGGUGACGGACAAGAAGAGAUCGAUGACACCGAGACCGGAACAGAAAGCCUCGACGAAGAAGACAACAGCGACGCCGAUAACCCUUCUGAAUCAACGGAUGACGAAGGAAGCGAGUCGGUUUCUGAUGAAUCGCUGUACAAGAGCUACCGGAAGCUUGUCAUUGGAUUGUUKUUCUUAUCGAUUGUCCUGUUCGUGGUCAUCGACUCUGUUUUCGGCAAAGAGUACGUCCGUCAGGUCAUCACUAUCUUUCUCGAGUGGAUUCGCGAGAAUCCAGGAAUGGGAGUAGUUGCCUUUGUACUGGUUUAUUUUGCGGCUACCCUCAUUUGCGUUCCCGGGGCCCUCCUCACGCUUGGGGCAGGUUUUGUCUUCAGUGCCAGUUUCGAUGGGUCGCUCGCCACGGGAGUGAUACUUGGGACCGUCGCAGUUUUUUUGGGAUCGUUUGCCAGUGCCAUUGUGGCAUUYUUUCUGGCUCGAUAUUUGCUCUUUGACCGGGUUCGUAAACUCUCGGAGAGAUACAGCAUUUUUGAGGCACUCGAUAUUGCCUUGUCGCAGAAGGGGUUUCGAAUUAUGUGCUUGUUACGAUUGAGUCCGAUUACACCCUUCGUCCUUCUCAACUAUAUUGCCGGAGUCACCACUGUCAAAUUUUCAAGCUAUGCAUUAUCAACCUUUUGCAUAUUGCCAGGUGCAAUUCUCUACGUAUUCUUGGGUGCCACAGCAGGGAGUUUGACAGACAAAAGCGAGAACAGCACGGCGACGAUCGCCGCAAUAGUAACAGGUGCGGUCUUGGGUUUAUUGGCCAUCGGACUGACAUCUYACUACGCUCGGAAGGAGUUAAACAAGGAGGUYGACCUCGUGAGAAGUCGACUAUAUGUUCGAGCSACUUCUCGAAGGAGGAGAAUACGAUACAGACGAAGCAUAGAACGCAGACGGAGAUCAAGAUACAGAAGAAGUAUUGAUCGAAAAAGGGCAAAGCURUCGAUAUAGGUCCAUAAUUUCUAAUAGUUCCAAUAAUAGUAGAAAGCCYAUGCAUAGAAGUACUGGCAAAUAGCUACUACGGAAAGACUCCUUUGAUUAUUGCCUGACUKAUUCCCUGAUACAAAUCUUACCUGAAGCAGUAGUACURCAAAUGCUAUUGCUUCCAAGAAUUGUUGUUUCUUGUUCUUGUUGUGUCAAACAGCMAUAYGAAUGCCGUGAGAUAURUCACACAGUCSUAGCGAAGCGUUAAUAUGAAAAAGCGAUGGUGAAAUUAUCAUUUUUAAGAAUAGAAAUACUGAUUUGUUAGAGAAAUGCAUCACCCACUUUUAACCAGUCCCCUAUCGUAACAACGGCAGUCUGUCCGUAUUGAUUGAUGUCAGUAAUUAUUCACCUGAUAAUUUAGUGCAUGAAAAGCAGUAGCUGUUUGCAUCCUUUGAAGAAGACCUAUCGUACCAAGUACCGUAGGUUCCGACGGAAUACUCUAAUUGGGCAAGAUACCUACGUUAAGGUAGUACGAUACGRUACGAUGCGUCAUCACUUCUAGUGUUGAUCUGAAUUCCGAAAAGAUCUCAGGCAUUCRCAUCGAAGCGAAGAAUGCCUGGCUGGAUAUCCAGUUUGCAUUAGGAAGACCACGCAUACGAUAUGGAAUAAAGAUGCAAUUUUAAUGGCAAUGCUGGUGGUGCGGUCAUCAUAACGUCUCAGAAGAGACUUUGCAAGUGUAUGUAGUACAAAUUAWUUUCUAGUUGUUGUUGGACAAGGAUUUAGCGUUAAAAAAGUAUUUAGUGAGAUGUUAGUGAAGAGGAACAGCUGCUAUUCUCGCUGUUCUCUGAUAUCAGUGUCUUCGUGAAUCUAAGAGUCAUUAUUCUUCGGCAUCGCAGUWAGAGCUUAGCACAUGUGAGAACCUCCGAGACGAUUGCUCUCAAGGGUAGACUUUUUGACGUGAGSGACCGGAAGURCACGAUCCCGGUGRAGGUAUUCUUCAAAGAGCCUUUUCUCCUCCGCGAGACGUUCUUGUUCCUCCAUUUCUCUAGCGUUCAAACCGCUAUUUUCCUCCCGUUCUUGUUCGAGCCUACGUUCCCGCUCGGCCUCCUUGAAUUCCUUCUCCAUUGCUCUUMGUUCCCUUUGCUCGGCCUUUGCUUUUCGCUUCGCCAGCUUUUUGGCCUCGCGAGCCUUCUGUUCUUCCAAGCGUUUGAGCUGCUUCGGAGAGAGCUCGUGCUGUUUUUCCGCGCUGUCGAARAYGACCUUGUUGUUGGUUUCUGGGAGUUUGGCAACCAUGAUUUGUCUUGUUGAUAGUGUUUAGAAUUUGCUUUGA